AAAAAAUCCCAAAAUAGAAGCGAAGGAACAGCGCAUCUCUCCGUCUAAUAAGAUCAUAUGCCUUCCUCUCUCUCACCCACAUCUCCUCCCCUCCCCUUCUCUCUGUCCCUUUCCCAUUCUCUUCCUCUCCAAUCCCUCCCACUUCUCUCCCAUUCAAGCCCAAACAAAGGCAACAGAAAUCACAACAGCAAGAGUGAACUUUUCAACCCCUGCAAAACCCAAAAAGGUAUGCUUCUCACCCCCCUAUCAUCACUCAUUUUCCCAUAUACAAAUCCUACCAAACCGACAAAACCAUUCCAAAACCAUCUCCACCUCAUCAAGAAAAACACUCGGUUGCCCCGAAAACUACAAGCAGAACCUCCUCGCUCGCCUACGGAUAAUGGUUUAAUACCAACAAAAGAAGAAACCCAAAUUUUUAAUUCCUUUGACGGAAAUAGAAGAUUGCCCGCCAAAGGAGAAGUAGGAAAUCUCGAUUUUACGGGAAAUGGAAAAGCACCCACGAAAAAUCAAGGAGGAUUCUUCAAUUCUGUCGAGGAAAUUGGUAGAUUUCCCACAGAUGAAGUAGAGAAUCUCGAUUUUAAGGAAAAUGGAAGAGUAUGCACGGAAAAUCGAGUAACACUUGUUGAUUCCGUUGUUGGAAGUGGUUGUCUGUUGCCCAAAGAAGAAGUCGAAAAUCUCAGCUUCUGUGAAAAUGGAAGAAUGCCCACAAGAGAACAAGUACGAUUCCUCAGUGUCAUCAAGAAGAAUGGUGGAUUUCCGACCCAAGAAGAAGUCAAAAAUCUCAAUUUUAAGGAAAAUGGAAGAAUGCCCACAGAAUAUAAUCCAAGAAUCAUCGAGUCUGUCAAGAAAAUUGAUAGAUUAAAUGCCCUAGAAGAAGUGAAACUUCCGCAUUCUGUUGAGAGAAGCAGUAGAUCACAUGUUCCUUGUAUUGUUGAAAGAACUGGAAAUUUACCCCAAAAAGAUGAUGCAGAAAUCGUUGAAUCUAUCAUGCUAAAUUGUAGAUUGCAAACUCAAGAAGAAGCUGAAAAUUUUAAUUCCGUUGAGGAAAGUGGUAGAUCAGAUUUUCUCCAUAGUCAUGAAAGAUAUGGAAUAUUACCCACAAACAAACAUAUGGAAGUUGUCGAUUCUGUUGAGAGAAAUGGUAGAUCAGUUGUUCUUGAUAUUGUUGACAGAAUUCAAAGAAUACCCGCAGAAGAACCAAUAGAAAUUCUCGAUUUUUUUGGGAGAUGCAGUGAGCGUCCAACGCUUUUUGACUUCAAUAAUCUCCUCAUUGCUCUUGUCAAAGCUGAUAGAUGUGAAUCCGCCGUGAAUUUGUUCUCUGAUAUAUCAUCCUAUGGCUUAUUACCGGAUUCCCGGACCUUUUCAAUCAUGGUUAGAUGCUUUUGUGCUAAGAAAGAACCAAAUGAGGCCAGAGAGAUUCUGCGCAUCAUGAUUGAAAAUGCUUUUCAUCCUAAUGUUGUAACUUUCACAAUUCUAAUCAAUUCUUUCUGCAAGAAGGGAAGAUUGCAGAAGGCAUUUGAGAUUUUCGAGAUCAUGGGUCAGAUUGGGUGCAAACCCACAGUCCAGACCUACAAUUGUUUGAUCAAGGGUUUGUGUUUUGUGGGCCGGAUAGAGGAUGCCUAUGAGCUGUUGGUGAAAAUGAAGAAAUCUUCAAAGAAACCCGAUAUCUAUACUUUCACUGCGGUCAUGGACGGUUUCUGUAAAGUGGGCCGAUCGGAUGAGGGGAUGGAGCUGCUUGAAGAAGCUGAAAGGAUGGGUUUGAAGCCCACCGUGGCUACUUUCAAUACACUUUUCGAUGGGUACUGCAAGGAAGGUAGGCCUUUGGAUGGGAUUGAUCUUUUUAGAGAAAUGGAGGAAAGAGAUUGCCGGCCUGAUUUCAUCAGUUACAGCACUUUGUUACAUGGGUUGUUGAAAUGGAAUGAAGCUUCCGCAGCACUAGAAAUCUACAAAAGAAUGUGUGGGGCUGGUUUCCAACCUGACGAGCAGAUGAUGAACACCCUCCUUAGAAGACUUUGUAGGAAGUCAUUGGCUGAUGAAAAGUUUUUCAAGGAUGCAGAGGAGCUGUUUGGGAGGAUUAUGGAAGUGGGGUCAGGUCCCACACCUUAUACUUGUUGCUUGAUGAUUCAAGCUCUUGCUAUCAGAGGACGGACAGAUGAGGCUCUCAGUCUUUUACCUGAAAUGAUAAGAACUGGAUAUUCUCCAGGAGCAAUGACAUAUAAUGCUGUUAUCCGAGCGCUUUGUAGUCAGGCGAGAGUCGACGAUGCAUGGCUUGUUUUGGUUCUUUUGGUCGUUAGAGGAAGAACAUUUCCUAGUAGAAUCCCAUAUAAGUUGUUGCUCAAUGAAUUCAGUCAACAAGGAAGGCUCUUGGAUGCUUGUAAGGUUUAUGCAUUGGCAUUCAAGCGAGGCUUGUUCCUCCAUCAGAAACCAUUGGAGGAUUCAUUGAAUGAGAAAGAGCCUGAGAAAGAUGUUUCAGAAAAAUGAAGUGACAUUUGAAUGCUAGUUUGACAAUAGAAUGCAUUGUUACCAACAAGAUAUAAGUUGUUCAUUAGGCGGGCCUUACCUAGUAUGUUGCAUGCCCCAAUGAUCCGGACUGUCCUGUCAUCAGGUGGGCUAAAUGUGAGAGUCGGGGUAGAGAAUCUAUACAGUGGGGCUCACCUGAUGAAAGGCCCAGAUUUUGCAGAGACUUGCCACACUGACACGUUUCAGGGAAGUAGGAUAUGAAAUCCUAAUUUGGUGAGUAGCCAUCACAUUUGUCAUCUCUGUUAUCUGUAACGAACUAGAAACAUAUGCAAGUUUCAUUGUCAUUGCGAUAGUUGAACUGUACAUUGCUCGUCUUGCCUACCUCAAAGGAAGCUCGACCUCUAAAUGAAGUUUGCAGUAUGUCGAUAGCUCUGUGGGUUGUUAUAUGCCGUCUCAAUUUCUUCUACAAGGAUCUGCAGCACUAGUGGUUUGAGGGUCUAGAAGCUUUUUCCUCUCAGAAUCAAUUCUCACAAAUCAUGGCCUCGCGACUUGAAUAUCAAGUUUGUACUCUGAAGGUACGUGUCCAUGCACAUUGUAUGUGAAAGUGAUUUAUAGAUAGUAGUUCAGAGCUGGUACCCUUGAGAGUUUAA